AUGAGCUCAAAUACCAGUACAUCAACUGCCACAGAGUACGCAGAAGCCCGUACACCAGAUAGCACAGACUCCAACGUCCGUUAUGUGGCUUACGCCAGCCGUUUGAGAACUAUUGCAAUGGCAUCACACAGAUACGUGGCCUACACGUCUGACAUCGGCGAGUCUUUUCGGCCUGUCUUUUCACCAGCGCUAGUAAAGUUCGGUUACGGAAUCUCUUGGGCCUACAUUUUGGGAGACGUUUCCUACACGGCAUGGGUCGCCAAAUUGAAGAAAGAGGGAAGAUACACAACUGGGCUCAAACCAUGGGACGAAGUGCCUCCAGUAGACCCUAAACUACUGGAAAGUGGAGAGUUGGCUAAACUCCCAGAUUGGAAAAUGGUCGGGCUCGAGAGAAUGAUAUUUCAAAGCGUGGCGUCCAUGGGUCUGCCAGCGUUCACAAUCCACAGCGCUGUAAAAUACUCGGGCGUGUGGUUCAACAAACAAUUUCCCAAAAACGCCAUGUUGAGAACCUGGGGUCCUAUUGGCCUGGGUCUGAGCGUUGUGCCUGCUUUGCCUUUUCUAUUCGAUAAGCCCAUGGAGCACUUGCUAGACCAGGUUUUCCAAAAUAAAAUUCACGACGACCCCAGCAACAAUAAACUGAGCUAA